UUUCAUGGAAAUCCAAAUACUCCAACCCCUCUCUUCUUAUCAUUUUGUCCUCCAAACUCUCUCCAAAUGCCUUCAAUGGCGGCCGCAGGGUUCAUCGGAAUACCAAUCCUACUUUCCCAAUUCUCCACUUCAUCGGCGCAGGGAGGCGGCGGCGGAAAUCCAACGUCAAUCGUUGUCGCCUUCUCCGUUGUUGGUUCUGUGGUUGGAUUGCUCACUCUCAUCGCGAUUGCUAUUUUCUCUUACAAAUUUGCCAAAAAACUUGUACCGGAUGUCGUAAGAAAAUGGAGAAACACAUCCACUCCGGCACCGGCAGAGAUUAGGGGAGUUGAUGCACCGAAAAUGGAGAUAAUCCUCCGAGGAAUCGCUGAAGAAAGUCCGAUUAGAUUCACUGCUCAGCAACUCAAUGCCUUCACUAACAAUUACUCAACACGGCUAGGUUCUGGCGGUUUCGGCGAUGUUUACAAAGGCCAGUUCCCAAACGGAUUGAAGAUCGCAGUGAAAGUUCUCAAGAAAAACUCCAACAAAAAGGCCGAAAAUCAAUUCAUGGCGGAAAUCGAAACAAUCGGAAGAACUCGCCAUCGAAAUCUUCUUAGGCUGUACGGAUUCUGUUACGAUGAAUCCAUGAGCGCGCUGGUUUUGGAGUUCAUGGAGAACGGAUCGCUCGACAGAUUCUUGUACGGGAAAAUCAAGAACGAACUCGAUUGGGAGAAAUUGCUUGAAAUCGCGAUCGGAACCGGUAGAGGAAUCGCUUAUCUGCACGAAGAAUGCGAGAGGAAAAUCAUCCAUUACGAUAUCAAACCUGGGAAUAUUCUAUUAGAUGAAAAUUUCUCACCGAAAAUUGGCGAUUUCGGACUUGCAAAUCUCUGCAACAAAGACAAUACGCAUGAUUCUCUCACAGAGUAUAGAGGAACGCCGGGAUAUUCGGCGCCGGAGCUUUUGCGAUUCAAUUUUCCGGUGACUUACAAGUGCGAUGUGUACAGUUUUGGAAUGGUAUUGUUUGAGAUGGUGGGAAGGAGAAAAAACGCCGCCGUCAGUCCGUUGGGGAGCAUCGAUUGGUUUCCGAUUCAGGUAUGGGAGAGGUUUGAGAAGGGGGAAUUAGUGAAUAUGAGCAGCGACUACGAUGUUGAAGAAGAUGGAGAGAGGAAAAUGAGGGUUGAGAGAAUGUGUGCGGUGGCUCUUUGGUGCGUACAGGAUUCGCCGGAGGAUCGGCCGCCGAUGAGUGCGGUGGUGAGAAUGUUGGAGGGAAGCGUUGAGAUAAUGCCGCCGCCGAAGCCGUUUCAGUAUAUGUUUCCGAUUUUGACGGAUAGCAGCGCCGUCACCGUUGCCAUGGAUUCCGAGCAAAUGAGCUUUGGUUCAACUUCGAGCAAUUCGAACAGUAAAGGAACUCUUCCAAUUUGGUAUAAGGCUGCGUCGAGAACAUGAAAAAGUUAAAUCAUUUUAUUUUAUUUUUGGUUAAAUUAUAUAAAGAAAAUGACAUUAGAAAAUAACCACAGUAAGUUUUGAAUGUAAAUCACGAAGGUAGAAUUUUGUGA